AUGUACUCGCCCAAGUUCCUGUUGGCGCUGUGCCUGGCCGUCGGCAUGGUGACGGCUUUGCCUAAGGUGAGAUCCACCGCCGAGUUGGAUGGCGAUCUCUACAAUUAUAAGCGUGGCGGCGCUGAGCUUGAUGGGGACUUGUAUAACUACAAGAAGCGCGAUGGGGUUGAGCUCGACGGGGACCUCUACAACUACAAGCGUGGCAACGCUGAGCUUGAUGGGGAUCUCUACAACUACAAGCGCGAUGGAGCCGAGCUUGACGGAGACUUGUAUAACUAC